UUCAAUAAUAACAUAAUUGUCAGAUUUAACGAUUUGUGAGUUUAAUAAUUCACGCCUUCAUUGAAAUGAAUAAAGCCGCGGAGAGUGAUGCAAUUGCUAUAGAGAUGCUAUUUAAAUCAUGAUUACAACAAAUACAAACUCCAUUUCUUUAUUUAACUCCUCGUUCAAGCUAAACCCUACACAUAUACAGCCUAAAACCCUAAGCCGCGGACACUGAAGAUUCAAAAAAUUAAAAAAUGGAGAAGCUCAAGUGCUUGGCGUUGGUAGGAGGUGGAGCUCUUGUCGGUGCUGUUUCUACCUUGUUUCUUCUUAAGCUUCGUCCAAGAAAGAUUGAAAGUCAGUGUGGUAAAAAGGCCACCAAAUUGAAUGAGGCAACUGCCAAAUGCUGGAUUGAUUCUGGAAACGGGAAUUGUGGAACGGGGGGCUUGAAUCUUCUAUCAGAUGAAAUCGUUUCUGAACAACUGACUAGGAACAUUCAGUUCUUUGGUCUUGACUCUCAACAAAAGGUUACAGCAUCCUAUAUUGUCAUCAUUGGUCUUGGAGGUGUUGGAAGUCAUGCUGCCUCUAUGCUUUUGAGAUCAGGAGUUGGCAAGCUCCUUUUGGUGGACUUUGACCAGGUGUCACUUUCAUCAUUAAAUAGACAUGCUGUUGCAACACGAGCAGAUGUUGGUAUCCCAAAAGCCGAGUGCCUCAAGAAGCAUUUCUCUUCAAUCUUCCCUGAGUGCCAAAUAGAUGCAAAGGUGCUACUCUAUGAUGUGUCAUCUGAAGAAGAAAUUCUUUCUGGCAACCCUGAUUUUGUUUUGGACUGCAUUGAUAACAUUGACACAAAGGUGGCACUUCUUGCGGCAUGUGUACGCAGAGGUCUAAAGGUACUUUCUGCUACAGGAGCUGGUGCGAGAGCUGACCCAACAAGAAUUCGUGUGGCUGAUUUAAGAGAGUCAACAAAUGAUCCAUUAUCUAGAGCUGUGAGACACCGUUUAAGGAAAGAUUAUGGUAUUGAGGGUGGAAUUCCUGUUGUUUUCUCUUUAGAGAAACCUAAAGCUAAGCUACUUCCUUUUAGGGGACCAAGUGGUGAAGAAGACAACCCUUCAGAUUAUCAAAUAGUACCUGGAUUUAGGGUCCGCAUCAUACCUGUUCUGGGUACCAUCCCUGCAAUUUUUGGACAGGUUAUGGCCUCCUAUGUUGUUACACAACUUGCAGGAUUGCAUGUUCAAACAGAGCCAGUGGUAAAUCUAGAUGUUGAUCAUUAUCAGAUGCUUCUUCAACGGCUUAUGGAGCAUGAGGAGUCAUUGUAUGGCACGGCCAUGGAAGUUGAGGUUGAUGUUGAGGAAGUGCGAUACGUUGUUAAAGAGUUGUGGCAUGGGAGAAGUGCAAGGGAGCUGUCUGCAAAAGAUGUGGGGCGUGGAAUGUGGCGGUCUGUUAAUGAGUUGAUGCUUGUUAGACUUAAAGCUCAAUAUCAGUUGUUUGAGCAGUGGUGGAAGUAUAUACAUAGUUAUUGUAUGGGAUCAGGCGAAGGCAGCAUCCAUUUCAAAUUUAAUUCUUCUAAAAUUUCAAGAGUCACUGUGGAUGUGAUAUUAGGUCUUCCUCUUCUCCUUUGUGAUGUGAUAUUUUCUUUGAAGGCCGAUGAACAUGAGCGGAGGACUCUUGACGAUAUCAAAGAAAAGGAACCAGAAAUUUUCAGCCACGUGACAUCCGUGCUGAAGCGAGCUGAGCAGGACUUUGGCUUGUAACGCGCACAAUUAGAUGAAGGUUAAUUUCUUCAUUACUUUCUCUGUACUUUCUUAGUCUCAGUGUCAUACCUAAUGUCUAAAAGUAUGCAGAAAUUUAAUGUGAGGUAAAGCAAUCAUCUAAUCAUUGAACUUUACAUGAAUUGCAUUUUAGUUUUUUUUUUUUUUCAAUCAAUUAACAGCUUUGACUUUAAUUACUGUGUUGUUCAAGUACAUAUCAGUAUUGUAUCAUGUAAACAUCUAUUCUUAGUUUGACUUUUUCUGCUUUGACUGUUUACUUUUCUUGAAUUUUCUGUCAUUUUGUUUUUGUAAUCUUACCUCUCCUGACUGCCCAUUUUAUUUGCAUUGAGUGCAGUACCGUGAAUGGGGUAUGAUAGUCAUUUUGUUCCUUUUUCUUUUAAUUUUUUUUUGAAAAUGAAGGCAAAUUUUAUCGUAUUCUCAAUUUUUUCUCUUCACACUUUUUUUUAAAAAAAUUUUUUUAAAUGAAAUUACUCAAUUAUCCUUUCUCUUCACACCCUUUAUACUUUUAAGCUUUUGGAUUUAUUAAUUCAGAAGCUUCUAA